CAGCACAGUGUAGGGAUUGAGUCGUAUUGCUAGCGUAUUGGGUGUUCCACUAUGGAUGGAUCAGGCGACAAGAAUGGGAGCACUAGCAAGUGUUGCAAAGGUUGGGGUUGAGAUCUCAGCGGAUUCAGGCGACAAGAAUGGGAGCACUAACAGGUGUUGCAAAGGUUUGUGUUGAGAUCUCAGCGGAUUCUGGGUUUCUAGAAAUGAUCAGCAUUAUGCCAGAAGGAGAAAGGCUUAUGCAUCUAGUGGCUCAGUACCUCCAUAUUCCAUCGUGUUGUUCUCAAUGCUAUGAAUUUGGUCAUAAUGAGGGGGAGGUAAGGAAUGUAAGGUAGUUCAAGUUGUGACAAGUAAAGAACUAGUGGUUGCUGAAUCUAUGAAUGCAGAUGUAGCUUGGGUUUUAAAACCAGCAACUUCCAGUUCUUCAGGCUCCACUGGAGGAAAGUCGGUUCAAGUAGGUAGGGGAUAUUGUUUCAAUGGCUGUGAAUGAAGGAAAGUCAGUUCUUGAAGUUGACUUAAUCAAUGGAGGAGGUCCAGUUCCAGUAGCUGGCUCAACCGUGAAGAAAGGUGGUGUCCAGGGAUCACUAGAAAUCAAUGGAGGAGGACCAAUUCAAGUUGCUGGCUCAAAUGUGAAGGAAGGUGGUUUCCAGGGAUCACGAUCCUGUUGGCAGCAGAACAGUAAUCACUCCUAUUGAUGGUAAGAUUGUUGAUGAAGAUGAAUUUCAGCUUGUAGUAAGGAAGGGGAAGGCAGUUGAGGGGUCUACUUUAAAAGUACCCUCGUCGACAUUGCAAGCUAGAGUACCUCUGAAUGCUAAGGGACAGAGUUUGGUGAUUCAUGACUCUCCUAAGAAGAGGGGGGCCAGGAAGAGGAAGUGAUGGAAGUGAUAUGUUGGAACCUCAGGGGCUUUAAUGCACGUGAGAAACAUAGGUUUAUUAGUAAUAAAGUAUUCAAAAAUAAAGUAGAUAUGUUUGCUAUACUGGAAACUAGAGUUAUAGCUAGUAAUGCUGAUCAAAUAGUACAUAAGUGGUUUAGAGAUUGGACACAUCUUAAUAACUAUAAAUAUUCAAGCUCGGGCAGGGUCUGGUUGUUCUGGAGGUCAUCAAUGAAGGUUGCAUAAGUAGCUAUGGAGAGCAUUUUAUUCAGGUGCGAGUGAAGGGUGACGAAGGGCGUUUGGUGACAGCAGUUUAUGCCCCAAAUAAGGUUGCAGAGAGGGCGGAAAUGUAUAAAAUUUUGAGACUUGCUGGUGCUCCUAGUCUUUUCAUGGGGAAUUUUAAUGUAGUGAUUUCAGUGUUUGAGACUUCAAAAAUGACGGUAUUAAAUCAAAGUUGCCUUGAGCUUCGUCAGUGGAUAAAUGAUAUGCAGUUAACAGAUCAUGUAGUGCAGGGGACAUGGUUAACGUGGUGAAAUAAGCAGGCAGCGAAUCCUAUAGCUAAGAGGUUGGAUAGGUUUUUGGUGAGUGAUGAAUGGAUGGAUAAGUUUCCACAUAGUAACGCUCAAACUCUUUCACCUGGAGUUUCAUAUCAUUGUGGGAUGCUCAUGGAUAGCUGUCCAGAGGUGGAAUCAAUCCCCAAGCCUUUUAAAUACUUUAAAAUGUGGUGACAGCAUCCAACUUAUGCGAGUUUGCUUGAUGAAGCAUGGAGGGAGGAGUCUUUAGGGGAAGCUUAUAAACAAUUCUAUACAAAGCUUAAGUUGCUUAAAAAGAAAUUGAAGGUUCUAAAUAGGGAGAGCUACUCUGAGAUUUCAGAAAGAGCUCGAGAAGCAAAAGUGAAAUUGUGUAGAAGGCAGACUGAUGUACUCCAAGAUCCGACAGAAUUGAAUGUUAAGCUUGAGAUGGAGCAGGCCAUAAAAUGUGCAGAAUUAAUGAAGGAUGAGGAAAGUUUCUACAGACAAAAAUCAAGAGUGAAUUGGGUUCAGGGUGGGAAUGCUAACUCAACAUUCUUUCAUUGAAUGGUAAAAGUUCGAAAUCACAUGAUGACAAUAAGGAAGUUGAUAAAGGAUGAUGGCACAACGGUAAUAAAAGUUAAAGAAAUGGGGGCAGUUUCUGCUGAAUUCUAUCAGAACCUGCUGGGCGCUGAAGACACUGCAGUUAUUGAAAAGCCAGUAGAGUAUUAUGCAGCGAUCUUGCAAAGGAAGUUAAGGGCAGAGGAUGUAGAAGAACUGAUUGCUCCAGUGACCAGAGAAUAAAUUAAGAGGGUCUUUAUGCAUUUGCCAAAUGACAAAGCACCAGGACUAGAUGGCUUUACCGCUAAAUUUUAUAAAGGGGACUGAGAAGUUAUUGGUUCAACUGUGGAGGAUGUGGUCCUUGAAUUCUUUCAUACAUGAAGCAUGCCUCGACAGGUAAACUCUACAAUCCGUGCUUUAAUCCCUAAGCUUCCUCAAGUAGAUAGGAUGAAGAACUUCAGACUAAUAUCAUGUUGUAAUGCGUUAUACAAAGGGAUUUCUAAAAUCCUGUCUACUAGGCUGGCUAAUGUUCUUCCACUGGUUAUUGGAAAAGCCCAAUCUACUUUUGUUAAGGGGCGACUAAUAAAUGAUAACAUAUUAAUGGCAUCAGAAUUAGUUAAGGAUUAUCAGAAGCAGACAAUAUAUUCGAGAUGUGUUCUGAAAAUUGAUUUGAUGAAAGCUUUCGACUCUGUUCACUGGGGUUUUCUGUUCAAAGUAAUGAGGGCUAUGGGAUUCCCAUAGGUGUUUCUGAAAUGGGUAGAAGCAUGUGUUAAAACUCCAAUGCUUAGUGUAUGCUUCAAUGGAGGUCUGUGUGGUUAUUUUCAAGCUAGGAAAGGGCUCCGUCAAGGAGAUCCUCUCUCCAUUCCUCUUUACUGUGGCUAUGGAGUUUUUUCCUGUCUCUUGAGGCUAGAUGUGCUCGAUAAUCAAAUUCCAUUUCAUCCUAGGUGCAAAGCAUUGGAGAUCACACAUCUAUGCUUUGCUGAUGAUCUACUUGUUUUCACCAAUGGAUCUAUUCGAGCAGUGGCUGGUAUAAGAAGGUUAAUGGAUAUAUUUAUGUAGAUUCUGGUCUUCGAUGUAACAUGGAAAAAUGCCAGUUGUUCUGUGCUGGGAUUUCAGAAGAUGAGAAGAGAAUGAUUUCGGAUUAUACAGGAUUCCCUCUAGGUGAAUUGCCGGUGCGAUACCUAGGAGUGCCCCUCAUUACAGGGAAACUAUUUGUUGUAGAUUGUAAAACUUUGGUUGAUAAAAUUACAGCAAGAGUUAGGACUUGGCAAGCUAGUCUAUUGAGUUAUGUAGGGAGGUUGCAGCUUAUUUCAUCCGUCAUUACAAGCACCUUGCAAUAUUGGAUGGCUCUGUUUCUAUUGCCAAUGAAGUACUGCGAGAUGUGGAGCAAAUUUGUAAUAAAUUUCUAUGGGGAGUGAGGAGCUGAGAAAAGGAAGAGAGCGUUGGUUUCAUGGGAAACAGUUGCUAAACCUAAGGCUGAAGGAGGACUGGGGAUCAGAGAUUUCAAACUCUGGAAUCAAUCAUGUGUAAUAUGUCAUCUAUGGAACUUGUUGGCAGAAGCAGGCUCACUCUGGGUGGCAUGGAUUCAAAAGUAUAAGGUAAAAGGCAAACCUAUUUGGAGUUUGCCCUUACUGUCAACUGGUUCAUGGAUCUGGCGUAAAGGUACUUAAAUGCAGACAGGUAUCCCAGCAGCACAUUUCAGGCUCCGACAGCACACUCACAUGGGACGGUAAUUCUCUUACUCGUUAUUCUGUUAAAGUGAUAUGGGAAUCAAUUAGGCAGUUUAAUCCAAGGGUCGAAUGUAAUCAAUUGAUGUGGGGUCUUCCCAAUAUGCCUAAGCAUAGCCUGCUUCUAUGGUUGAUAAUUCUAGGCAGAAUCUCAACAAAGGAUAAAAAUGACG